AUGGGACUGAUUGAUACCGAUGAUCCAUUGAGCAAAAACACUGCCAGGUUAUCUAUCUCCACGGCCGAAGGUGAAAAUCAACGUAAUCAAGUUCGGGAAUUUUUGAAAACAUCUGAAUUACAAUACGCCAGAAGAGAUUCUGCAGUUUCAAUAUCUUCUUUUAAUGAUGAAGAAGAGAAGUCAAACGAACUUAGGGUUCCUAGCCCCCAAAAGGGUUUAAGUCAACCUACUGAUGGUGAAUCAGCUGUCGAAACCAAUAGCAGUAAGAGAAGAAGAUCCUCUGCCCAUUCCAUUGCAUUGCUUACCCAAAAAAACAAGCAAAUCAAAACCGAAGCCUCUAAUGAUGAAGAUAAUGAUGAAGCCAAGUCUAAACGGAAGAAGCAUAAAAAGAAGUUACAAAAAGCAUUAGCACUAGCUGAGAUAAUAGCCAAUGACGGAAAAUAUACUGAUCCAAUGGUUAAAAUUGCUCAUAUUAGAUCAUUCAUAUUGGAUGUAUUUAUUAAAAAGGCUGAUAUAAGACGAAUUCCAUUCAAAUUGAUUAAUCGUAAAAAUCAUAAUAUAGUGUUUUGUUUUAUUCCUGGUAUCUCCAAAGAAGAUUUUGGAACUAAUUUCGAUAGUAGAUCAACAAAAGGACCAAUACCGAUUAAUGAAUUAAAUAUUAAUGACGAAUUUGAAUUUUUCAAAACAACCUUUGAUUAUCUUUAUCCAAGUUCAAGUCCUGGAAGUAAAGAUAGUUUACACCUGGCAUUACAAGCUUUAAUAAAUGUUCCUUUAACUGAUGGGCAAAAAAAUGCAUUAAUGAAACUGCUGAAAAAGGAUAAGAUUAUAUUACCAGAUUUAACCAUGAGUAAAGAAGAAAUGCAACAACAUAAUUACCCAAUGCAUUCAUCGUUAUUGGAUAAUCCAGUCAGUAUCGAAGGAAGUGACUGGGUUGAAACCAAAGAUUUCGAUCAUGAAGGAUCCCAUACGUUUAGUCUUGAUUGUGAAUUUUGUCAAUCGGCUAAUGGGAAAGUAUUAACUAGAAUAUCUAUUAUUGAUUUUGAUGAAAAUAUAGUACUUGAUACUUUUGUUAAACCAGAUGUUGAAAUUACCGAUUAUUUAACCAAAUAUUCAGGAAUAACAGAAGCAAAACUAGAGGGAGUAACCACCACUUUAAAAGAAGUUCAAGAAAGAUUUUUAUCAAUAGUCUCUUCGAAUGAUAUUUUAAUUGGACAAUCCUUAGAAUCAGAUUUAAAUGUUUUGAAGAUUAAACAUCCUAGAGUCAUUGAUACUGCACUCAUCUAUGACCAUACAAGAGGUCCACCAAUGAAACCAUCUUUAAAAUGGCUUUCGGAAAAACAUCUUGGAAAAUUGAUUCAGCAAGGUGAAGCUAACGGGGAAGGACAUUCAUCAGUUGAAGAUUCAAAAGCAUGUCUUCGAUUAGUUAAGAUGAAAUUAAUAGAAGGAAAAUUAUUUGGGAAAAAUGUUGGCGAAGCACUGCUUUUUGAAAAUCUUAAUGAAAAAUCACUUGAACCACUUAAAUCUUCAAUAAUUGAUUAUACCCCAUUAAGAGAUUGGGAUAAUACCUUAUUGGAGCAUAAUUCAUAUUUAAUAAAACAUCAAGCAACAAAUGACGAUGAAGUGGUUGAUUUUGCAUUAAAGGAUAUUGAGGAUGGGAAUCAAUUUACUAUAUUAAAAUUACGAGAACUCGAAUAUAAUUCUGGAUGGUCACCAGUGCCUAAAGCAUAUGAUGGCUAUUUAAGAGAUGGCAUUGAUGACUCUAAUGAUAAGAUUACCAGUGUACUUGAAAGUGAAGAGCGAAAUAAACUAAUUCGAAAUUUAAAUGAAAGAUUGAACAAACUUUAUUCGGAAUUACCAGAAAAUACAAUCUUCAUAAUUAAUACUGUAAUGAGUGAUCCCAGAGAAGUUUUCAAAUUACAAUCAAUAAGGCGAAAUUUUCAAAACUUACAAAGAGAAGGAGUCAACUUAGAGAAUUUAACUCCCGAGCAAAAUUGGACUUUUGAUAAAAGAUGUGAAUUAGGUGACGCUGUUGAAAGCGCUAGAACUUGCAUGACAUUUAUUAACGUUAAGAGAAAUGAAUCGAUUCCUCAACCAGACAUCAAUUAA